AAUCCAGAAGCUCAGACCAACAGAAACUCCAGCAGUUUAGGGGAUAUCGCAAGUUUUUCAGAUAUCAACCUUUUGCUUCAAUACCAUUGCACACAUUAUCGUUUGUCGGACAUUGGCCGGCAAAUUGGUUUGACAUCGGUUUGGUGCCAUCGCUAGGCGAGUUCAUAUAAGAAAAACCAAACACGUCGUUCCUCAAACGCUUUACACGUAUCCUACUCACACGCAACUACGCGAGUGUUAAAAUAAUAAACCAAACAAUGGUUGUUAAACACAAUGUGAAGGGCUAUGAUGAGUUCUCCAAAAAAAUGGAGGAACUUGAGGGCAACGGCUCGGCUCAGGUUCACGUACUUUUUAGUGGUGGAAAGGACGAAAACGGUGAGAGCUGGUGCCCGUAUUGCGUCAAGGCCGAACCAGUGAUAUCCGAUGCGCUAAAGAAGGCCCCAGACAAUUCACACUUUGUUCAUGUUGAUGUGGGAGAACGAAGCUACUGGAAAGAUUUAAAUUGUCCAUUUCGCAAGGAUCCCAAUACACACUUGAUUUUCUUGCCGACUCUGCUACGCUGGAAGUCUCCACAACGUUUGGAUGGCGAGCGUUGCUCGAAUAAGGAUCUCGUCGAAAUGAUGUUUGAGGACGAGGACUAAACUUAAAUAAAUGCAUCCUGCUAGCGGUGGCGGAUAAUAUACACAUUUAAUAUACACACAAAAGAUUGUUUCGUUUCUUUAAAAAUGUUACAUGCAAUAUAUUUUCUCUCAUAUACAUAUA